UGUGGUUGGAAGACUUUAGUUAUGUGUAAUAUUUGUAGUGAUUUGAAGUGACAGUUUGUGUUGAGAUACGUCAACCAGAGAGGACAAGAGCAUGAGGGCAACAGUGGAUUAUGAGUUGCAUUUUAAGAACGCAGUUGCCGACCAGGAACUCCUGUGGCCUUAUGGAACAGUCGUAUACAGGACAGAAGACGAUGUCGGCUGCCCACAGUCUCCACAGUGCCAGAUUCUAAUGAAGGCAAUGGACCAUUACCAUCAGCAUUCUUGUAUCCGGUUCAAGGAAUGGACAGGAGAACAGAAUUAUGUCAACAUUUUCUUCAAUCCUGAUAGUGGGGCCUGUUGGUCCGCAGUGGGACGCACCAAGAAUGGUGAACAGCGUUUGUCGCUUGGACAACAUUGCUGGUACCUCGGAAUUGUUAUCCACGAACUGGGGCACGUGAUCGGUUUCUGGCACGAGAUGAACCGACCAGACCGUGACAGCUGGAUAUACGUGUACUGGAAUAACAUCAUCUCGGGUUUUGAGUCAGCUUUUGCCACGCAUGACUCGUCCACAGUCAACACACUUGCCGAGAACUUCGAUUACAGGUCCAUCAUGAUGUAUGACGAGUAUGCCUUCUCUAAGGAUGGUGUGUCACCCACUCUACAGGCAAAGAAGCCUGGGGUGGUGAUCGGCCCGAUCUGGAAGAAACCAGGUCUCAGCUCGAGUGACAUUCGUCGCAUCCAUAAGCUAUACAAAUGCGAGGAUAACAGUCCAAAGGUAGGCUUCCCAUACAACGAAGUUUGUAAUUUCAACGUAGACACCUGCGGAUUCAAGAACGGAGGGUCUGCUGUUUGGAACUGGAGGACAGUGAAUAGUUCAGAUGGCUAUGUGUACACGUCAUUCGAGAAGGCAGGCAUUACACCCGGUUAUUUCAUGUCCGUGAACUUUCACGGCAUGUCCGAGCGAGACCGUAGGGGGCCGAUGGGCUGCGUUCGCUUCUGGUACAUGUUGCAAGGAGACUGCAAGUUGCACCUCAGAUUAUCGCAGGCCUACCUCAGCAGUCCAACUCAACUCUUCUACGACCCCGAGACCAUGUACGAGCUCUGGGAGGACUCAAAUGUCACAGGACAGUGGACCCAUGUGGAGGUUACAAUUUAUGUAACAAGGGCGUUCAAGGUGGUAAUGACACCAUCCUUGGUGAGGUUAGCCAAACCACGGCUGUGUUUUGGUGGGGACGUAUCAUGGACCAGGGAUGCAUUGGGACAGUUUUGGCACACAUCCUUGUGGUCCCGCCGGGCAACGACAGUCUUGGGAGUCUGGAUCACUAUGACCUACUGGGGCUGGCUGCUGAGUUCCCAUAAUGGGCAAUGGCAUUAUGAGUGAGCAUCCCAUGCGGUGGCACAAUGACUCUUGUGUGUCAGUAUGGCAUACCCAGGAUGAAUGCGGGAGAGCACUCCUAUGGGGUAGCUUCUGCUAUUUGAGUGGUCUCCCUAGAGUACCAAUAAGGUGCCGCAAGCCUUAAGGGUCAACACUCUAAAACAGUUUGGCCAACCCAUGUGGAGGGGUGGGAAUGGGGGAACUUCUAGGCCACCCCCAGGGGCAACUCUCUUAUGCAGGUUGUCCUGGUCACAACCUCAUGACCAACUGGUGUCACACUCCCAUUAAUCAUACUGUCUUCUGUCAAUGGAUAAUUUUAAUUCUCAAUGUGAGCUUUUAUUAUUAUUAUUUAAUUACAUUCCAUUAAUCCAUACAAGGUCAAAUGAUGUACAGGAUACAGAAACUGUCAUUAUAAAUAUAAAACAAGAGUACAACAGUAAAUCUCAUAUACAUGUCAUAGAUCUUACAGUAGCCAUCUGCAACAAUUUUACAUAGAAUUAAUAAAAAUAUGGUAAUAAAAGUAAAUUACAACUAUUAACUAAACAAUGUAAGGGUAUACAUUGGGAAGUUGUUUUGUAAAAUUUAUCAGUGCUAUAAAAUUCAUGUUCAGUGAGAUAGCUUCUCAAUAAAGAUUUGAACUGCUUAAUUUCUUUAGAUAACAAUUGAACAUCCAAAGGUAAGUGAUAUAAAUCUUGCUUCCAGAGAACAGUAUUUCUUUUUGUACUAUUGAUAAAUUUGAAGAGGGCAAGUAUAAAUUAUAAUUAUAGCAGGUAUUAAUAUCAUGAAUAUCUGUGUUAGAUGUAAAGUAGUCUUUAUUCUUAAUAACGAAAAGAAGUAAGGAAAAAAUAUAUUGAGACUGGAGUGGCAAUAUUUGUAAUUUUUUUAAUUUUAAAGAUACUCAUACUAAGGGGGACAUUACCCCAAAAGAUAAAGCCAUACUUCAGUAUCGAAUGUACAUAAGAGUAGUAAAUCAUCUUUAUUGAUUAUUCUUACACAAUUUCUGCAUAAAAUUCACCUUUCUUGGUCACUGCAAGAUUAACACUUGGUCUGUGGAGACCAUAUUGUGCCUUGUGUUCAAUGAAUCUGAGUAAAAAUAUUCAUACUACUUUCACUGUAGCAAAUACACUACUAUCAUUUCAGAGCUACCUGCAAAAGUUUAUAGACACUGUGGCAGAAGAGGCAGAUGCAUGUAGUUCAAUGAUACCCAGAAAGCUCCAGAUGACUGUGCCAUCUAUACUGGGACAGCACUGUCAGUAUGCAGAAUUUUAAAUUACAAGACUCAUUUCUUUAAGCAGCAGCCAUAAUACUGAUUUCCCUUUGCAGAAGAAUAUUUUAUUACUUUAGCUGAAUUUCCACAGAAAAUUAUACAUGACACAUGUGAAUUAAAAUGUGCAAAAUACGCUGUACAUUUUUCUAAGUCCCAAACUAGCAAAAAUUAGUAUUUCAUUACAAAGCAUGUUGUGCACACUUU